GGGCGCUGUGCAGAGCUGCAGGUCCACGUCACCGAGGCCAUGGCCAUGGUGACUGAGCAGAGGGAGCUGAUUGCCCGCCUGGAGCAGGAUCUCAGCACCAUCCAGUCCAUCCAGCGGCCAGAUGCCGAGGGUGCAGCCGAGCACGGCCUGGAGAAGAUCCCAGAGCCCAUCAAGGAGGCCACCGCCCUGUUCUAUGGACCCACGGCACCAGCCAGCGGCACCCUCCCCGAGGGCCAGGUAGACUCACUGCUGUCCAUCAUCUCCAGCCAGAGGGAGCGUUUCCGGACCCGGAACCAGGAGCUGGAGGCUGAGCACCGCAUGGCCCAGCACACCAUCCAAGCCCUGCAGAGCGAGCUGGACAGCCUGCGCGCCGACAACAUCAAGCUCUUCGAGAAAAUCAAGUUCCUGCAGAACUACUCUGGCCGGGUAAGUGCCCUCCCCAGUUUCAACCCCAGGUGUAGCAGGCAGGGAGAGCGGUAGUGCGGGCACUCCGAG